AUGGAGAACAUCAACGAAAACACCAUGGAGAACAUCAAGGACAACACCAUGGAGAAUAUCAACAACACAACCAUGGAGAACAUCAACGAAAACACCAUGGAGAACAUCAAGGACAACACCAUGGAGAACAACGACACCACCACCAUGGAGAACAUCAAGGACAACACCAUGGAGAACAACGACACCACCACCAUGGAGAACAUCAAGGACAACACCAUGGAGAACAACGACACCACCACCAUGGAGAACAUCAAGGACAACACCAUGGAGAACAACGACACCACCACCAUGGAGAACAUCAAGGACAACACCAUGGAGAAUAGCAACAACACAACCAUGGAGAACAUCAACGAAAACACCAUGGAGAACAUCAAGGACAACACCAUGGAGAACAACGACACCACCACCAUGGAGAACAUCAAGGACAACACCAUGGAGAAUAGCAACAACACAACCAUGGAGAACAUCAACGAAAACACCAUGGAGAACAUCAAGGACAACACCAUGGAGAACAACGACACCACCACCAUGGAGAACAUCAAGGACAACACCAUGGAGAACAACGACACCACCACCAUGGAGAACAUCAAGGACAACACCAUGGAGAAUAUCAACAACACAACCAUGGAGAACAUGAAAGAAAACCCCAUGGAGAAUAUCAACAACACCACCAUGGAGAACAUCAACACCACCCCCAUGGAGAACAUCAACAACACCACCAUGGAGAACGCCAACAACACCACCAUGGAGAACAUCAACAACACAACCAUGGGGAACAUCAACGAAAACACCAUGGAGAACAUCAAGGACAACACCAUGGAGAACAACGACACCACCACCAUGGAGAACAUCAAGGACAACACCAUGGAGAACAACGACACCACCACCAUGGAGAACAUCAAGGACAACACCAUGGAGAACAACGACACCACCACCAUGGAGAACAUCAAGGACAACACCAUGGAGAAUAGCAACAACACAACCAUGGAGAACAUCAACGAAAACACCAUGGAGAACAUCAACAACACCACCAUGGGGAACAUCAACGAAAACACCAUGGAGAACAUCAAGGACAACACCAUGGAGAAUAUCAACAACACAACCAUGGAGAACAUCAACGAAAACACCAUGGAGAAUAUCAACAACACCACCAUGGAGAACAUCAACACCACCACAAUGGAGAACAUCAACAACACCACCAUGGAGAACGUCAACAACACCACCGUGGAGAACAUUAACAACACCAUCAUUGAGAAUAUCAACAACACCACCAUGGAGAACGUCAACAACACCACCAUGGAGAACAUUAACAACACCAUCAUUGAGAAUAUCAACAACACCACCAUGGAGAACAUCAACACCACCACCAUGGGGAACAUCAACGAAAACACCAUGGAGAAUAUCAACAAGACCACAAUGGGGAACAUCAACGAAAACACCAUGGAGAAUAUCAACAAGACCACCGUGGGGAACAUCAACGAAAACACCAUGGAGAACAUCAACGAAAACACCAUGGAGAACAUCAACGAAAACACCAUGGAGAACAUCAACGAAAACACCAUGGAGAAUAUCAACAAGACCACCAGGGGGAACAUCAACGAAAACACCAUGGAGAAUAUCAACAAGACCGCCAUGGGGAACAUCAACGAAAACACCAUGGAGAAGAUCAACACCACCACCAUGGAGAACAUCAACGAAAACACCAUGGAGAAUAUCAACAAGACCACCAGGGGGAACAUCAACGAAAACACCAUGGAGAACAUCAACGAAAACACCAUGGAGAAUAUCAACAAGACCACCAGGGGGAACAUCAACGAAAACACCAUGGAGAACAUCAACACCACCACCAUGGAGAACAUCAACACCCCCACCAUGGAGAACAUCAACAACACCAUCAUGGGGAACAUCCAACGAAAACACCAUGGAGAACAUCAACAACACCACCAUGGAGAACAUCAACGACAACACCAUGGAGAACAUCAACAACACCACCAUGGAGAACAUCAACAACCCCACCAUGGGGAACAUCAACGAAAACACCAUGGAGAAGAUCAACACCACCACCAUGGAGAACAUCAACGAAAACACCAUGGAGAACAUCAACGAAAACACCAUGGAGAACAUCAACGAAAACACCAUGGAGAACAUCAACAGCACCCCCAUGGAGAACGUCAACAACACCACCAUGGAGAACAUUAA